AUGAGAUUUAUCGCCCUUUCGCUUUUUGAGUACGGAGAGAGAAAUGACGAUGGCAACAGCAGUAAUGAAGGAAGAGAGUACAGCUCGGCCGAGCUGGACGACCUGCACUUCUUCACUAACGGCUCCAGGAAGUACGUCGACGGCCACUACAAGACACGACACAACGACACGUUUAUCUACGACGAGAACUAUUCCAGCGACAGCGACGAGUCUCUUUACAACGAUGACGAGGACGACGACGACGACGAGGAUGAUGACGAAGAUGAUGACGAUGAGGAUGAAGAGGAUGAUGAGGAUAAAAAGGGCGACAGUGACGCCGAAGAUUCAGAAGACGAUGAAAAUCAGUCGACGGAAUACAUGAAGAACGCCAACGGCGAGAUCACUCUGGCUGGACAAAAGUUCCCAUCCACUGUGUGCUUUGAACCUCGCAUGAUCCAGCGUCCACCUGAACCCCCACAGGACGGUGAGUUCGUGUGGCAGGCCGACCUUCAAGAGCGUCUCCGGGCGGCUUUCUCCUGGGGCUUCAUCCUGACGCAGCUGGCCGGUGGGCGGCUUGUCAGCGUCAUGGGUGGAAAGAUGCUACUACUGAUGGGCGUGUUACUGGCCGCCCUCCUCACUGUUCUUACGCCCACGGCCGCUGUCAUGGGACCAUACUGGCUGCUGGCCGCCCGUAUCAUGGUGGGCGCAGCUGAAGGUGUGUGUGUACCCGCCAUGCAGGCAGUCUUGGCACAGUGGGCUCCUCCCCUCGACCGUACCUUCAUGGUCGCCUGCACCUACUCCGGUUUGGCAGUAGGUGCAGCUCUGGGAGGACCUCUGUCAGAGUGGCUGGUGAUGCUGGUUGGGUGGCGUGGUCUCUUCUACAGCCAGGGAGUGAUAACCUUUGUCUGGUGCAUCAUGUGGCAGUUCUUAGUGGCAGAAAACCCCUCCAAGCACCCGAGGAUCUCACAGCAGGAGAAAAACCACAUCAUGUCGUCCAUCGGUGCCCAGCACGCAUGGCGAGGACUUCCGGUACCCUGGUUCCACGUCUUCAGAUCUCGUCAUGUGGUAGCGUUGAUCCUGGCAGAACUAGGCUUCUCCUGGGCAUGGUUCACCUUGCUGCAUCACGCACGAGAGUAUUCCGUCACAGUCCUCCACGUUCCUCCACACCAGGUUCGUGUAGCCUGGGGUACAGCACUGAUGGCUAUGUGGGUGACGGUGCUGGUUUAUGCUACACUCUGCGACUGGGCACGACGCACCAACCGCUGCUCCACUGUGGUCGUGCGACGCAUUGCUAACACCAUCUGUGCUCUGGUGGCUGCGGGUUGUCUGAUUGGGGUGGCUCAGUCUAGUUGCUCCCAGGUGGCAGUGAUGGUGUGGUGCUCCAUGGCACUAGUGCUGGGACUCUCUGCAGCAUUCUCCACCUUCCGUGUCAACGGCAUUGAGCUGGCACCCAAUCAUGCAGCUGCUAUUGCUGGCUUGAGCGGCACCAUCAGCGCCUCCGUCAAGGUGCUCUCCCCGCUCUACGUCGCUUAUCUUACCAAUGGACAGGCAACGCUGGAGCGGUGGCGGAUGAUCUGGUACACAGGAGCGAUAAUCCUCACACUUACCAACUGCCUCAGCUUCCUGAUGGCCUCGUCGAAGGAGCAGUUAUGGAACAGACCAGUCUCGGUGCCAGUGUACCCCAAGAGGGAGGCCAAUAACCUAGCACAGAGGCGGACGCGGGUGCCCCGGCCGCCUCAGCAUACCCAGCUCAGGGGCAACAAAAAUCCGGCUUAUGUUUUCACUGAGCAGCUGUAGGAGCCGCCUUGGAAGGACAGUGUUGCCUAAUAUUAUAAUUACUUCCUUGGUAAUCGUAUUCAUCAGUGUCAGUACCUGAGAGAGGUCACGAUGUGAUGAUUCCUGAGUAAGGAACAGCAAUCAGGCAGUAUCAGAUAUUGCUGCAUGGGGCUAAGUUACCACCAAUCUUAUUCUCACUUCUCCCGGUGUUUCCUUUAUUCUCACUAAUACUCGCACCACUGGCAAUAAAAUGGACAGUUGUCAACUUCAGGGUUGAAACUUUAAAGGUUGUAACUGUGAUGGUGAUAAUACUUAUUAUAUCCUUCUAAAUAACACUGCAGCGUUCACAUCAGUACACCAGUUGUAGAUACAAUAAGGUGCUUUACGCGUUCUGUGAUCUAUUUUCUGGGGAACACGAACGUUUGCAUUGUGUGAAGUGACCUGGUGAGUGUGAGGCCCUGUGUCCGGCUUGCUUACUGUGAGACCAUCAUCCAUCACACGACUGUGUCUAGACCUGUGACCUGGUGUGUGUCUCAGACUCUCCUACUGUGACACCAUCCUCAUCCAUCACACGACUGUGUUUUAGUCCUGUGACCUGGUGAGUGUGAGACUUACGUACUGUGACACACCAUCCUCAUCCAUCACACAACUGUGUCAAGACAUGCACCACCGUAGAUAAGAAUAUUGUUCGUUAGCUGAGUCGCUGAAUCAGAACGAGUGGAGGAAGACGUGUGAAUGUUCUCACCCAGCCAAGAUCCACUAGUCACAUAUGACACUCUGCUGGACACUAGCUCACAGAUGACGGUCUUCUUGUCACUGGCUCACUGGUGGCGCCCUGCUGGUCACUGGCUCACAAGUGACGCCCUGCUGGUCACUGGCUCACAAGUGACGCCCUGCUGGUCACUGGCUUACAAGUGACAUUCUGCUGGUCUCUGGUUCACAAGUGACAUUCUGCUGGUCACUGGCUCACGGGUGACACUCUGCUGGUCACAGACUUGAAACAUGUACAUAGUAUGAUAUAAUUAAAGAUCUGUUGAUCACUAAUUUUAUAAACGACUCUGAACAUACACUCUGUGAUGUAUAUUAAUAAAUCACUCAGUAAUAAGGGAAUAACAGUGAUUGUUGCUGUUCUUCACACAGUACUAAUGUUUGGUUCAAAGUAUUUAUAUAUU